AUGCACGCCCGCCUUGACGACGUCCGCGCCCACGUUUCUGACAUUGACUUCAACGCUCGACUGUCGAUCUUCGCCAUCGUCGCGAAGGACGAGCUGGAGGGCAUCCGCGCGCGCGGCUGGGACCUCUCCUUCACCAAGACGACCGACCAGUCGUCCUCCCGCCCUCGCUCACGGCCAUGUCCGAGUCGCGGACGUCACCCCCAUCGUCUGACUACUGCUGCUACACUACCCCUGAUCCAAGCCGCCUUCCACUGGCAGCUCGUCGACACGAUCGCGGGCGAGGACAAGGCGACCGGGAUACGCGGAGGCCUCGGCGCGCAGCUCAGACCCGAGACGAAGAACAAGCCGAAGAAGGUGCGCGAAGAGAUUGUGACGCAGAAUAGUGAGGAGGCGAAGCGCGAGCAGAAGGAGGAGGAAGAGGAGAAGCGCGCAGCGGCGAAGCGGAAGGUGGAGGAGGACCGUCUGAGCAAGUUGAGUGCGCUCCCGAGCGCCGAGACGUAUGUUCACCGUGCAGGCCGUACCCGCCGUGCCAAGGAGCUCAUGUAUGAGCUGUUGAUAUCAUAG